AUGGGAUUUCUUUAUCCAAAUGAUCUAACGGUAAAUUUUGAAAUUGUUGUUUCUACAAACCGUCCAUAUUACGUAGCUUUUGACUCAGAAAACAGUCAUCUAUACUGGACAGAAUUGAACACAUUAGGAAAUAUAAGGAGAUGUAAUUCCGAUGGAUCCGAUGUGACCACUAUUGUUAAUGAAACUUUACCAAUUGCACUUACAUUAGACACACAUAAUAGAUGGAUCUACUAUAGUACAGAAACAAGUGAUGCAUUGCUCAGGGUGAGAUUUGACGGAAAAGAAAAACAGGUAGUAAUAAACCUGACAUCACGACUGAUAGAUAUACAAAUAGAUCUUGUUGACAAGCGAGUUUAUUGGAUGGAAUAUGACACAGGUGACUUAAAAUCGGUUAUGUAUAAUGGGUCUGAUGUCAAAACAGUGGUAAGCACCAAUGUAAAAAUUGAUAACCGGGAAAUUGACAUCGGCGGUGAUUACGUCUUCUACACAAGUUCUAAUGAAAUUCUUAAGGUACACAAAUCUUCAGGACAAAUCCCAGCUGUUGUUCACACAGAAACAAUACUGAUCUAUGGAGUUUUAUUUUAUAAACAAGAAGGUAAGAAUAUAUCAUUAAUUAAGCAAAUACACUUUAUCAUGGAAUUAUUAUUAAAUAGUUAUCAUCAUCGACCGAGACAUAACUUUAUAACUAACCUUGCAAAAUUUUAAACUCAAACUCAGCCUGUUAAAGAUACUCGAAACUGAGAAAAAAUUGACACCGACAAAUUAAACAUUGAA